CAUUAAAACAAUUAAACAGCUUUCACUAAGUUAUGAACCGGUCAACUCUUCAUCUACAGACUACAAACAUACAUAUACACACAUAUAUCUCUUUCUCACUAUGUACUUUCAAACAAACUUCAACAUGAUCAUUUUUUUCAUCUGUUUAUCAUUUUCCUUAACAUUCAUUUCAAUCCCCACAACACUUUCUCAACCUCCCACCUGCAAUGGAAUCUCAAUAUCCUACACCCACAAUUCCGGCUUCCAAAUCCCACCAACAGUCACCAACUCCGGUGAUCAACCCUACAACUUUCAAUCCACACUCACCCUCACUAAUGCGGCUGCAGACCGGCUGAAUUCAUGGCGGGUAUUCAUCGGUUUUCAACACCGAGAGGUCUUAGUUUCGGCUUCUAAUGCAGUACUUGCUGAUGGAACAAGUUUUCCGGCCAAUGUCUCCGGUGGGGCUGUGUUUGCUGGGUUUCCGGUGACUGAUCUCAAGACUGCGGUGGAGACUGCUGGUGAUUUUAAUCAAAUGCAGGCUCGGGUUCAGUUGGUUGGGACUCAGUUUGGUGUGGCGCCACCGAAUGCUUCAUUGCCGGCGAAUAUGUAUCUUGUUAAUGAUGGGUUCUUGUGUUCUACUCCAUCAAAUCCAGCGAAUAAUGAGACGCACGUCUGUUGCGAAAAGGACCCAAAUGCGAAACCUAAAGACGCCGAAGAAGAAGUAUUUGAGGCCCGACAAGAAGGGGAUGUUGUAAUUAUGUACGAUGUACUCAGUGCACAAGAAACUGAAUACAUGGCACAAGUGACCAUUUCGAAUCACAAUCCCCUCAGCCGCCUUGAUUAUUGGCGGCUGAGUUGGGAUUGGAUGCGAGAUGAAUUUAUUUACCCGAUGAAGGGUGCUUACCCGUCUGUUAUAGACACAAACGCCUGUAUAUUUGGCCGACAAGGCGAGUUUUAUAAACAACUCGAUUUCUCAAAGGCUUUGAAUUGUGAGCGAAGACCGACUAUUAUCGACCUUCCACUCGACAAGACAAACGACACGCAAUUAGGACUGGUUCCGUUUUGUUGUCGUAAUGGGACCUUGUUACCACCAUCAAUGGACCCAAGCAAGUCCAUUUCGGCUUUUACAAUGCAAGUUUUCAAGAUGCCACCAGACCUAAACCGCAGUCUACUCAUCCCACCGCAAAACUGGAGAAUCAACGGCACUAUGAGCCCUGAUUACCAAUGUGGUCCGCCAGUACGAGUUAGCCCGUCUCGUUUACCAAAUCCAAGCGGUCUUAGUGCUGACUCGACCGCAGUUGUUAGUUGGCAAGUGGUUUGCAAUAUGACACGGACAAAACCCAAUAUCCCAAAAUGUUGUGUCUCGUUUUCCUCAUUUUUUAACAAGUCUGUGGUACCUUGCAGUACUUGCGCAUGCGGGUGCAAUACUGCAAAUACUUGCAGUACAAGCGCACCCGCACUUCUUCUACCUUCGGAAGCACUUUUGGUGCCAUUCGAAAACAGGACUAAAAUGGCAAAUGAUUUCGCAAAAGACAAUGAUUGGACUUUGCCUGAUCCAUUGCCUUGUGCAGAUAACUGUGGUGUCAGCAUCAACUGGCACUUACUAUCAGAUUUCAAAGGUGGAUGGACCGCGAGAUUGACCAUUUUCAACUGGGGCGAAACUAGUUUUGCCGAUUGGUUUGCGGCUGUGGAGUUAGACAAAGCGAUGACAGGGUUCGAGGACGUGUUCUCCUUCAAUGGUAGUCGCCUAACGGGUUCUAACAACACAAUUUUUCUACAUGGUCUCCCAGGUUUAAACUUUCUUGUAGCCGAAACAAACGGGCGUAACCCAAAGAAAGAUCCACGCGUUCCGGGUUCACAACAAUCAGUUAUCUCUUUUACGAAGAAAAACAUAGACGGGCUCAAUGUGGCUAAAGGCGAUGGGUUCCCGAGCAAGGUCUAUUUCAACGGGUUAGAAUGCUCGCUUCCUCCCGUUCUUCCCAUCACUAGCCAUGGUCCCAAAACAACAGUUGCCUUUGGUUCUAGUCUUUUUACACUUGUUUUGUUAUUGUUUCUACAUUAUUUGAUCUAAAACAUUAUUAUUUGUUCAUCACAUUCAUAAUUAUUUUUGUAA